UUUAAGUACAGGGGGCGUCUUACCUUAGGUUACUGUACAUUUCCUGCAGAAAAGUACAAAGGAAACGGUGGUGUGAACUUAUAGGGCGUUUGAUCUCACAUAACCAAGUGCUGCAAUGGGACAAACAUCUCUUCAAUGGGUUAUCUUUCUGACCUCACUGCUGUGCUGCACAACAAAUCAAGCCUCUCUGUCUGUGAGUCCCAGCUGCUCUCAGCAUUUUGAAGGAGAGUUUAUCUCUCUGAGCUGUAAGGAGGAUGACAGCUCUGCUGGAUGGACGCUGAGGAGGAACACAACCAGAGAAACCAGGACUCAGUGUGGAGCUGACUGGGGAAGAUCAGCUGCUUCUUCCUGUAACAUCAGCUACUUCGACCCAUUGGACAGUGGAGUGUACUGGUGUGAGUCCAGAGAGGGAGCAACCAGUAACACCAUCGACCUCACUGUCCCUGGUGGACCAGUGAUCCUGCAGAGUCCUGUCCUCCCUGUGAUGGAGGGACAUGAUGUCACUCUGCACUGUAAAACAGAGACCCCUUCCUCCAACCUCCCAGCUGGUUUCUAUAAAGAUGGCUCCCUCAUCAGGACUGAGCCUACAGGUCACAUGACCAUCCACCAUGUGUCCAAGUCUGAUGAAGGCCUCUACAAGUGUAACAUCAGCGGUCGUGGAGAGUCUCCAUCCAGCUGGAUCUCUGUCACAGAUAAACCUACAACCACAGCCCCGCCCACAUCUGGAGCUCCACCCCCUGCCUUAGGUCCCCUCCAGCUUGUAUUCAGACUGGUCUGCUACCUAUUGGUGUUUGCCUGUGCUACAUCUCCACUUUCCACUGCAUUUAUGUCAAGACAGGCCCACAGCCCUGGUUCUGUAAAUGGAAAACACGGAAGGUGGUGUGGAUCUUCCCCACAACACUGUUACAGUCAAUCAGCAGCAGGUGGCGUGAGUGCUCGUGCACAGGUGUGAUGGGAGGGGGCAAUCGGAGUUCAAAACACUGGCACAUUCGAACAUGCUGGACUCCAGGCACCGUGAAGAAGGAGAGAUGUUUGAGAAACAGCCAAAGAGGAAAAGGUCGGAUGAGUAUAAUUAGAGAAGAAAGGCAACAGCGAAGGUGUUUCAAAGAUGGAGAAAAUUUUGAGAAGUUUGGGGGGCGGAGCUAUUGUGAGAGCACCGCAGAGAGAGGUGUAUUUGUUUGGCUGUUGAGUUCAAAUAUUAACAAUCUUUCUGCAGAAUCACUUACUCUCCCUUUAAUAAAUCAAUCAAUGUACAAUCUAUUGCAAAAUGCAUCGUUACAGUUAGUGUUGAUUGUUGUUAUUUAUAAUGUAGUAGUGUUGAUACUUUUGCCUCUUUGUUUAUCUAAAUGUUAUUAUCAACUCCCCUGACAGUAACAGCACAUCCUCAACAGAAAAAGGUUGAUAGUUUAAGCAACUUAGACACUGAGAAGACAGAGGUAUAUUUAGUGAGGGUUUAUAAAAACGAACAGGUGCAUCUUACAGGUGAGGUGAGGGGAGGUUGGCAGUGCAAAAACAUAACAGAGUAAUCCAAAUGGUGAUCAAGAUCAUGAUUUUAACUAACACUAUGACCUUUUUCCUAAACCUUAGUUUAGGUAACGUACUUAAGGUCUGUUAAGCCUGUCG